UUCUAAUGAAGUUUCUUCAUUCAUUCGAAUCGAAAUAAAAAUUAUUUUGUAUUGUUCGUCGAAUAAAACUUUCAAUAGUUUCAUAGCUGAAAGAAAAAUAGAAAAAUAGUUGCACAUUUGCUGUCCGGGCCAAAGCAUGCGUUACCUUUACAAAGAAUCGGAUGAAAAAUAUGUAAAGCCCAAGGAAAGGGAUAGUAAUCGAUUGCCAAAUCCUUUGUCCGCGUACAAAUUCCGUUUGGAUACAAUAACACGUGGAGCAUUUGAGUUCGACAAAAAUGAUAUGCCAAUUGUUUUCAAAUGCUCGCCAGAUACGCUGCUGAAUAUCUGUAUCAAGAUUGUGGAUGCCAUGCCCUUGCCCUCGGUGUACGAAUGGAAUAUUGAGGAUAUAUGCAAAUGGCUGCGAGGAUAUGGUUAUCGUCAGUAUCAGAAUACAUUUCGUGAAAAUCUCAUCAACGGUCACACCCUGCUGCUACUGGAUGCCUCUGCCCUCUCGGUCAUGAAUAUCAAAGAUUUUGAACACAUCAAACAUAUAGCCUAUGGCAUACGAUCCCUAUUCUAUUACGAAAUGACAAAGUUUGGUCGAAGUUUAUCCCAGUAUCCCGAGUUCCACAAUGAAAUAUAUAAACUGUUACAAACAAAAACUGGCAGGGCCUAUAAAAGCACUCGGCGUUCCGAUUUAUGGCGCCGUUUGCAAAUGAUACGGAAACGUGAGCUAAAUCAUUUACAUUGGGAUCUCUUAGAGAAAUGGCUAAAUUUUGAAAAGGUACCCGAACACACCGAACUAAUUGGUGGUGUGCAUCGUUACAAUUUGUAUCGUUGUCAUGGUACACCCCGACCGCAGGAGAUUGAGAAACCAUCAAAGAUCUGUCCUUGUUUACCACCCUGUGAAUGUGGCUGGGCGAAUGAGGAUUAUCGUCAGCCAUGGACCUUGAAAUGUUUGCCACAUUUAAAGGAUAAAGAUAAGGGAUGCGUUAAGUUUUGUAAGAAUUGUAUGGCCCCUUGCACCUGCCGUUGGUCUUCGAAAAUGUAUCAGACUCGUGGGGUUUUGUCUUGCCUGCAAAUCGCCUUCCCCCAGAAAUAUGGCAGCACCAUUGGCGUCACUCAAUUUCGACAGAGGUCGCAACGUGCUGGUAAUGAUUUUCAAAAUUAUCGUUUGUCAUCGCUUUGAAAGAGAGAAAUUAGUGCGUGAAAUAAAAAAAAUCCGCCGUUGCUACAUUUA